CGUAGCGUAUUUUGAGUACUCGCGCAUCGCGCAGAGCCGUGCGUCCCAACGUUCAUUAAAAACGACAUUUCGUGCGGUGCGCUCGUGUGGAACGCGUAACUAUCCCAAUCGCCAUGGAUCAAAUCAAGAAGCUCACCGAACCUGGCCGUCAGUUUGCCAAGGAUAGCAUCCGGCUUGUCAAAAGAUGCACCAAGCCAGAUCGUAAAGAAUUUCAGAAGAUUGCAAUUGCUACUGCGAUUGGUUUCUGUAUAAUGGGCUUCAUAGGGUUCUUUGUUAAGCUAAUCCACAUUCCAAUCAACAAUAUCAUUGUAGGUUCAUAAAAUUAAUCCUGAAGAUUCUCAUCAAUAUUCUUAAGAAAAUUAUUGAUAAGGUUCUGUAAGACUAUUUCCGUUGUUGCAUGUCCCUUCUUACUCUUAUUUAUAAUACAAAAAUGUAUUUGCUGUGUAUUGAUUUAAUUUCGUGAGUGAGGUAGGUGAGAGAGACCCGCGUAAUAUUAAUGAGUUUUGUAAUAAAAUAGUUGUCUAAAAAAUUA